AUAAUAAUAAUAAUAUUAAUGAUAAAAUUUUUAGUAAUGAUUAUAUUUAUAAUUCCAUUAUGUUUAAAAAAACAAAUAUUUUGAAUGGUUCAAAUAAUAUUAUUUUUAAUAAUAUUUUUAUUUAUAAAUUUAACUAUUUUUUUAGGAAGUUAUUGUAAUUUAAGAUAUAUAUAUUCAUGCGAUAUAUUAUCUUAUGGGUUAAUUUUAUUAAGAAUUUGAAUUUGUAUUUUAAUAAUUAUAGCUAGAGAAAAUUUAUAUAAAAUAAAUUUUUAUGUAGAGUUUUUUAUUUUUAAUUUAAUUUUUUUAUUGUUAAUAUUAUUUUUAACUUUUUCAUCUAUAAAUUUAUUUAUAUUUUAUUUAUAUUUUGAGGGAAGAUUAAUUCCUACUUUAAUAUUAAUUAUUGGGUGGGGUUAUCAACCAGAACGGAUUCAAGCAGGUAUAUAUUUAUUAUUUUAUACUUUAUUUGUUUCCCUUCCCUUAUUAAUAGGAAUUUUUUAUAUUUUUAAUUAUUCUAAUUUUAUAAUAAUAUAUUAUAUAAAAUUUUUAAAUUUUGAAUAUUAUUUAUUAUAUUUAUCUAUAAUUAUGGCUUUUUUAGUGAAAAUACCGAUAUAUUUUGUUCAUUUAUGAUUACCUAAAGCACAUGUAGAGGCUCCUGUUUCUGGUUCAAUAAUUUUAGCUGGAAUUAUAUUAAAAUUAGGGGGUUAUGGUUUAUUACGAGUGAUAGUGUUAAUACAAAAAAUAAGUUUGAAAUUUAAUUUUAUUUGAGUAGUAAUUAGAUUAUUAGGGGGAUUUUAUAUUAGAUUAAAAUGUUUUUCUCAAAUUGAUAUUAAAUCAUUAAUUGCUUAUUCAUCAGUUGCGCAUAUAAGAUUAGUAAUUGGUGGAAUUAUAACUAUAAAUUAUUGAGGGUAUAUAGGUUCUUAUGUAUUAAUAAUUGGUCAUGGAUUAUGUUCUUCUGGAAUAUUUUGUUUAGCUAAUAUUAAUUAUGAACGUUUACAUAGUCGGAGAUUAUAUAUUAAUAAGGGUAUGAUAAAUUUUAUACCCUCAAUAAGAAUGUGAUGAUUUUUAUUAUUAAGAUCAAAUAUAGCAGCCCCUCCAUCAUUAAAUUUAGUAGGUGAGAUUAGUUUAAUUAAUAGAUUAGUUAGAUGAUCUUGAAUUACUAUAAUUAUAUUAAUAAUAAUUUCUUUUUUUAGAGCUGGUUAUAGAUUAUAUUUAUAUUCUUAUACUCAACAUGGUAAAUAUUAUAUUGGAAUUUAUAGAUUUUAUAUAGGAGUUUCUCGAGAAUAUUUAUUAUUAUUAUUACAUUGAUUACCUUUAAAUAUUAUAAUUUUAAAGGUAGAUUAUAUAAUAAUUUGAGUUU